AUGAUUACUAAAUUCAUUAUGUUUAAAAUGGAUUAAUCAGAAUUAAAUACCAUUAAGUAAAUUGUUUAGCUAACGGAUGGUUAUAUUAUUUUAGGAGAAGAAAUUGUAGAACAAAAAUUUAGUAUCAAUUAAUUAAAAUUAGAAUCUAUGACAAUUGCUUUAAAUAAUCAAUAGUUUUAAUAUUUUCGAAUAGAAAACGGAAAUUGUAUAUUUGAAAAGCCAUACAAAAUUGGAUAAGGACUAUCUAUCAUAUCUAAUAUCGUUGCAAAUGAAAAAUUUAUAGUGGCAUUAAUAUCAAGAUAGGGUAAUAGAAGUUUAAUUCAAUUCAACCCAAAAGAACAGACAAAUUUUCCUUUAAUUCCAAAUCUUCAAUAUAAGCAGUAUCAUAUUAGUAAUUAGAUAUUAAAUAGAUUGUGAGUCUAAAUUUUAACUUGUUUCCUUUAAGGACAGAAUAAUUUUGAUAGAAUUACAUAAAUCAGAAAAUUGUCUCUAUUUAGAAUUUCUCAGUCAUCCUAAUCCAUUAAGUGCAUAAAUGUAAUGUAAAAUAGGAUAAUAUGUAUAAAUAAAACAAAUAUAUAAUAAUGCAAAUUAAAUUCUUAUCAUUAUCGAUGAAGAUUUUUACAUGUUUGAUGGCUCAAAGGAAAUUAUUAAAAUUAAUUAAUAGAUACCUUCAUAAUUUAAGAUAAAAUUUGUGAUAGAGAUAUAAAAUUAAUAACUAUUAAUUUUAAAAGAUAGAUUAGAUAAAUUUUAUAAAUUUUCUGAUUUUCGUUGUGAUUCAGACUAUUGUUUUACAUUAAAAUGCAAAGAAUUACUCAAUGGACAAAUUAAUAUCGAAACUCAGAAAAAACAAUCUAUAAAUAUAUCUAAAUUUAAAGGAGAAUUUUAUAUAUGGAUAAGUUCAAUAUAUUAGUGCAAAGAUGAAGAUUCAAAAGUCCUUUAUAUAAAUACUUUUAAGCUAAAUAAUCAAUUAUAAGCAUAAUUUAUUGAAAACUAUAAAUUUUGGAAAAGUCAAUCAAUUUCAUUUCUUUUUAAAGAUGAAUUCAUAAACGAAUAUAUACUAUUUAAAAAUGAACAAUAAACAAUUAAAGGAAUUUAUAUAAGUUGA